CCACUCACCGGGCAGCAACAACAGAAACGAUGAUGGAGGGGCGACGGGCGGCACGAUCUGCUCGGUCACGCUCUCGUUUACGAGCGACGUAAGGUGUUUGCGUAGUGACUGGCGCGGGAGAGCCAAACGUGCCGUUAUUCUUCAUUCAUCAAUGGCGAGCCUCCCCCUCCUGGACCCGCACCCGCACGCCUGCCUCGUUACGUAAAGUCCUUGCAAAAACAAUUCCUCUCUCGUUGCGUGAGAGGAAAUCCAGGGGCUGAUUGAGGGUCACUGGGGUGCUUCGUACAUAGUUCACUGCUCGACCAAAUUCCUAGAAUGAAUUUCGUAAUUCGGGAAUGUUUCCGCAUCCACCCCCAUCCCCUACUAUAUAAAUACUCAGUCUCGUUCCUGACAAGAGCCCAGUGUGUGCCGCACUCGGUCCUCCCGCGAGCGGCAUGCACAUGGUGUUGGUGCCUCUCGCUCGGCUGAGGGUCAAGAUCGGCGCAAAGAAAUGUUCGCGAAGCCUAAUAUUUGUGCAUCCCGCGACUGCCAUGUUCGAAUUUAGCAUUCGCAAACUGCAAUCAUCCCACUCAUCGUGCAGUUUCAGUGCGGCAUUCGACGCAGGCGAACAGCCCAUAGCGAUAUCGAAACCCCAUAGCCACAGGCUACAUACCAGAGAGCACAGAUCACAGGCCGAGAUUGCGAUGGCGGGCCCACUUUUGUGGCAAAACUUCAAGGUGUUCGUCACCCGCUACCCGAUUGUGCGCGGCAUGAUAUCGUACAGCCUGAUCUGGCCCACGGGCAGCCUCAUCCAGCAAACAGUUGAGGGCAGGCGCUGGGGCACCUACGACUGGUGGCGCGUGCUCCGGUUCAGCAUGUACGGUGGCCUAUUUGUUGCUCCUACCCUCUACGGAUGGGUCAAGAUUUCCAGCGCCAUGUGGCCGCAGACAUCGUUGAGGACGGGCGUCAUUAAGGCGGCGGUGGAAACGAUUUCGUACACCCCCGGCGCAAUGACCUGCUUCUACUUUAUCAUGAGCCUCCUGGAGUCCAAGACGGUGGAGCAAGCGGUAGCCGAGGUCGGCAAAAAAUUCCUGCCCACGUACAAGGUGGCUCUGUCCGUAUGGCCACUGGUGGCCACCAUCAACUUCACCCUGAUCCCCGAGCGCAACCGGGUGCCAUUCAUCAGCGCGUGCAGCCUGUGCUGGACCUGCUUUUUGGCCUACAUGAAGCACCUGGAGCACCACGAGGUGGACGGGGCCAUUUGAUGCAGAUGAUCGUAUUUCUUUAACAGCAUUAAAUAAAAUAGUAAAUAGUGAACGAAAUGAAAGAAAUAAAAUUCUAAGAACGGUA